GCGCAUGCGCUAUUUCCAGGGUUAUGCCACACUUCACAACACGCUAUAACCUCAAUGUGGAUGUAGUUGGUGAGUUAAAUCAUUAAAAACGGACUCUUUAUAAAAUGUAUCCACCAACAAACUGCAGUUAAUUUACUGUUAGGUGUUUUCAGCUGUGAGUGUAGCAACUACAAACUAGCAUAGCUUAAAAUAUCUAGUUUUCCUAGUUUAGCUUCUGUUUGACCUCCUGUAAGCUAGUUUUCAGUUUCAUGUUGUUGUUCUUUAUACAUAUUUAUAAGUGUCUAAACUUGAAUUCAUGCUUUUGACAUGUUCAUGACGUAAAUAUUUUCUGUCAGACUUUAAAUUAAAGGGUAAAUUAAUAUGUCAGAGGUUUAAUGUAACAGCACGUUUUGGAUGUUGUUAGCUAAGUUUAUUAUUUGCUAGUGUGAACAAAAAUGUGUUGCUAUUGGAGCGCACGAACAAAGUUUUAAAGGUUUGCAAACAUAUAUGUACUUAUUGAUCCUAAAUAGGGAAAUGAUUAUGUUACAUCAUGCAUUACAGUGGAGUAAACGCUACAAAGUAAACAGUUAUAUUGCAUAUUGAUGAAUACACAAUAUCCAAAUAUAAAGUAAUGAGUUGGAAUUGUAGGUUAAUAUAUGUGCAAAUAUGCUGCAUUAUGUAAGGAGCAAAACAUGAGUGGAGUCUGCCUAAAAAUGUAAGUUAUGAGUUUAGUAAAUAUUGCAUUUUAUUUUAUUUAAAUACAAAACUUAAGGAACCAGCCAGUAUUGAUCAAAUACUAGUUAUUACAAACUUUAAAAGUGCAACUUGCUUGCAAUUACAGUUUAAUUUCUUUGAAAGAGUUUGUCACUGUAGUUUUACUAAAACCUUUUUCUAUUUCCAGCAGUGGAUUCAACCACUAGUGAGUUUUUCCAGAAGCAUCACAGUUUACAAAGUUAAAUGCAUCAGUUUCUUUUUAAAAAAAACAUGUUGAGUUUAGUUAAUCUUCAUUCUUUGCUUUUAUAGUCGGAGCUGGUUGUUAUCUGUUGGAGUCCAAGUCCCUGAUGCUUUAAUAUAAUGAGCUGCGCUGACACCAAGGACACCCCUGCAGUUUACCAACGGGUCGUGUUGAAGAACGCCUCGCCGUACCACUACAUGAAGGUCUGCCUCGUUCUGGAGGAUGAGUCUACCCGCCUGAGUGCAGUCGAUCUGAAGCAGUUCAUCAUCUCAGGUCUGCACAGUCUGUAUGGAGAGGUGGGAGCAGCGUUGAACUUUGACCUGUUGAAGUACGAUGAAGAAACCCUCACUGCCUUUCUGCGUGUAUAUAGCAAGGGUUUUGUGAAGCUGUGGAGCUCCCUGACUCUGCUGGGCUCGUACCAGAACCAGGCCUGCGCCUUCAGAGUUCUGCAGGUGUCUCCGUUCUUGCUCGCUCUGACAGGAAACAGUCGCGAGCUGCAGCUUAACUGAUGGAGGAUGAGUUUCCUAUGGAGAAGAUCUUGUAUUAACCCACGGUGGCUCGGCCUCUCUCUACCCUUCUGUCGUCUGCUGCACGUCGGCCAGCGAGCCUCCCUCACCAAAGCGUUCUCUGCCCGUGAUGUGCAGCUGUUCGCCGAGCUGACGGGCGACAACAACCCGCUCCACCUGGAC